AUGUUUCGGCGUCCUCCCAACGAGCAAGAUGCUCAGGCGAUCUGUAAGACCCGGGAUUGUCAUUUCCUUCUUCCCGGGUAUGGCCGGCCACUGGACUUCGCACCGGUUGCGAAGAAUAUCUACGGCGUGGAGAGUCGGAGCAUGUUCCCAUCCGCUCUGGAUGACAGGGACAUCGAAAAUGGAUACACUGAGCAACCUGCCCAGACGCUUCGAGAAAUCGGCAUGGUCGCCUUCAUGGAGCAGUUGACUGACAUUCCACAGUGGUGGAAAAAGAUCCAUCAUUUUGGUGUUGCGGACCAGUGGAAAAACAUGGCGUUGAAUAGUGAUGCAGACAUCACUCCCAACAUGGCCAACUGGAUCAUCGACGAGCUCAAGUACAAAGCCCUGAUCUACGAAUUAAGCCAAGCUGUGGGCCUGUACAAUGGCGACGUUACCAAGUCCGAUUCAAACGUGCCGGCUUCGCUUCUGGAGAGGUUGAGAACCGAGACCACAGUGCUGGAGUAUGUGGACCCUGAGCUACACUUUUACCAUCCGGGAAGUAAUUACAAGCAACGCGAUCUCCUCGCCGAGGCAUUAUAUCCCCUUGUAUACGGCAAGAGCCGUAUCCUCCCUGAUAAGACCAUCCGGGUAGAUGAGGCGCUGCGGCACGCUGGCCAGGGUGAAGUCAUCCCCUUACCCAAAGAAACCGGAAUUACUCGAGAAGAUAUGGUUUGGCGGGUAUUCGCGCGCGCAGACAUCGAGGUCAGACCGUACCGUCGGCACUACCAGAUCCUACCAAGUGACUUUGAGCUCGGCGAUGAUGAUCGUUGGCAUAUUGCUACGUACAUCAACAAUCUACAUCCAGAGAAGCACCGCAAUAUCUACAAGAUCAUCGAGGACGCAUUCAACUGUAUCGUUCCGCAGUGGAAUAUGACCAUGACACCGCUCAAGGACAUGCUGCAUUCUCGCGCACGGAUUGAAUAUCACAAAGCCGAGUACUACCCUGUCCUCCAGGAAGUUCUUGAUAGAUCGCCACAAAUGGAGCGCAGAGAGGCCCAGACCGAGUUUGAUGAGCGGUAUGAAAAGUGGAGACUGAAUCAUUUUCAAGCUAUUCAGCCUGAUGUUGGUAACUUUCUUCCUUGGGCUGUGCCUCCGUCCCUGAUGUCCAGGCUUCCCGAGGACCUGCCGAGUCCAGUUCGCAUCGAACAGGGUGUCUCGCUCAAUCAGGACUACAAGGACCGCGGCCUGCAGGUAAUCACACGCAUUCUAGGCGUCGAUCUCACGCCGGAAGAUCCAAACUAUCAAACCGAGUGGCACGUGGAAGGUCAAAUGGUAGGUUACUCCAAAUCUGUCUCAAGAACCAUAUCAGAUCUGAUUAUGCCGCAACAGAAUGAGCACAUUUGUGCCGCCUCGUUCCUCAUCUUCGACAAGGACAAUAUGGAAGACCCUUUUAUGGAGUUCCGCAGCAUCAUCGAGGUUGGGAGCCUCGGUGACGUCGAACACGAGCCUGGCGACUUCAUCUGGAUGAAUCAAGUCUUCGGCCUCGACAAUGGGGAGCCAGCCAUCCAGCACCAAGGCGCAAUCAAAUGCACCCUAGGCCGUACGGUGAUGUUUCCAAGCACAAUACAGCAUCGACUGACACGCUUCGAGCUGAAAGACAAAUCAAAGCCGGGAUACGUACGCGGCCUGGUGUUUUAUAUGGUCGACCCGAAUAUACGGAUCAUCUCGACGGCGAAUAUCCCACCGCAGCGACUGGACUGGACGUUGGAUGUGAAAGAGACUAGUGAAGAUCUCCAAACCGCAAUGGCGAGGCUGGCGCUGGAUAAUAAAGAUAAGAGGGGACAAAUGCCCAUGUCGUUGACUGAGGCGUUGGAGACGCGGAUGAAGGUAUUGAAGGAGAUGGCGGAGUUUGAGCGGUAUCAGCAUGUGGCAUUUGAGUCACGGGUUGUGAUGCUUUGA